AUGCCAGUCGCUAGUGAAACGCACAAAUACUGGAAACGCGGAAAACGUAUCCGUGCCGGUUGGCAGACCGCCCUUGGUCGUAUUACUCCCAGCAAGAUGACUGUACCUAGCAAUGAGUCAUGGCUCAAUGAGCACGUGGACGAUUCCGUGGUCCAACUGGAUAAUUUUGUCUGCUUCAGACAGGACAGACAAAGGUGUUGGAAGAAGUUGGCAAGCGGUCUGAAUAUCUACAUUAAUUCAAAUUGGUGUAGCAAGUCUGAAGUACUUUUAAGUAUUCACAAAAUGCGUUGA